AUGGAAGCCACGGAGUUAGUUGAGAACAAGCCUACCGCCCGUCCAUUUCAAUGUGGUUGGCGAUCCUGCACAAAGAGCUUCAAGCGUAAGAGUGAUCUCCAAAGACAUUAUCGAAUCCACACGAAUGAGCGACCGUACGCAUGCUCGAUCUCGGGAUGCGGAAAGACCUUUAUCCAGAAAAGUGCCUUGACUGUUCAUAUUCGAAUACAUACUGGAGAGAAGCCGCACCAAUGCGAACAUAAUAAUUGCGGAAAGCGUUUUUCUGAUUCCUCAAGUUUAACUCGUCAUCGACGUAUCCAUACGGGCGCACGUCCGUACAAGUGUACCUAUGAUGGUUGUUCUAGAAGCUUCUGUAGAAAAGCUACGAUGGAUGAGCACCAACGGAGAUCGCACCAGCACGGAAUGAAUCCUAAUGAAAUCCUACAGGAUUUCUCCUCAGAUUCAGAAGACAACGAGCCUCCUCUGACCCCCCAGCACUCCGCAAUGACCUGGUCUCCUCGUGAUAUGGUAUCUAUGGACCAAGCCAUUCCGGACGGCCCGAUACAUCGCCCGCCUUCGUAUGCCGACUUUGAUCAACCAGUCCAUGGCCAGCAUACUCCACACCAAUACGACAAUCGACACGGCAUUUCUUCAAAUGCGCCUCGCAAGUCCCACGGCCAAACCCUACUGGGCUAUCAUGUCGGGGCUCCAACACCUCGUCAAACCAUGACAACGCCAGGGCAAAUAUACCAUAUUCCUGAGCGGGGUAAUCCAGGGAUUCUGACGAUGGCGAAUACUGCAGGACCUCAUCAGCAGCUCCCUCACCAAGUAGAAAGGCCUCAUACAGAGUUACUGUAUCCCACCUUAGCCAUCGCAGCCCCGACUCGAACUAGCCCCAGGACCUUUUCUACAAAGUCGGUUCCUAGCUCCGGAGUUCAGGAAUGCCUCUGCAAGUAUCUGCUCAAGCACGAGCCAGAAUACGCGCAGGCGGACACCCAAAAAUCCAUCAUCCCAUUUCAGCAAUAUAUACACAACCUUAUAAGCCAGCCCCAGCAGCCAGUGACCUCUCAGGCACAGACGAUUCACAGGCUUGCAGCUAAACACUCCCCUCGGAUAUCUGCUCAGGUCCAAGAGGAAAACUGGUCAAAUGAUGUCCUUUCGACCGAAGCCACGACUAUCAGGCAUUUGCCGGCAUACGGCAACGCGGUUUAUGAUCCUUAUGAAGCAAAGAUCGAAUUUGACAAUGCUUUGAUGCAACUGCAAAGCAGAAGACUUGUCAGUAUGUAA